GUAGUAGCCCACAUAAAUUUAGCAGAACUGCUAGUCGACUCGUAGAUAAUCAAUCAACCUAAAUGAAACCAGCUAAGACAUAUCAAUUAUUGAUAGUUUGUAGAAUUAAUUAUUUUAAACGCCAAAUAAUCAAAUCAAUGGUUAACUCACGAAAGAAUAGGAUACGUGCCUGUGAAUUUGUUGUGCAUUCAACCCUCAGUGUUCUAUUCAUUUAUUGAGUUGAUACUAAAUAUUAGAGCAUCAUUUUCCCUGAAUGUUUCAUUUCAAGCCCCAACUUUCACUUUUUUCAUUCAGCGAAUUGAGAUGUGCUACGAUCAGGUGUUGACAGAAGACAUGUAGAUAGCGUUAGAUGGUAAAAUGAAAUCCACGAUGCAGCACUGACACAAUAUAUGAGCGGGAAGAUGUUAAAUAUCACACUUUUACUGAACAUUGAAAGAAGAUAGUUAUCCUCAACAUUUCCGAACCGUAAAUUAGAAUUACACUUCAUUUAAUUUUGGCCUGCCCAGUUGGAUGAUGUCAAUGGUGCUUUUGCAAAUAAAAAAAUUCGUUCAAAGCGAACAACAUAAAUUCAUAACAGCUUAUACUAAUUACGGUACCUCGAAUUGAUCGGUGCAUUUGGAACGUCUCAAGGUCAAGAUAUUACUCUAGGUGUUUAUUAUGGAGGUAUCCUGCUAUACCGUAAUCGUAUUCGUUUAAUGAGAAUUAGUUGGCCGCGUAUUAUAAGUCUAUCACAUCGUGGACGUAAUUUUAUUAUUGCACGAAGACCUGGUGAUGAUUCAUUAGAUCGUAAUAUGACUUUUAAAUGUAUUAGUCCUACACUGGCUAAACGAUUAUAUAAUGUUUGUGUGGAUCAUCAUAAUUUUUUCAGACUUCGUGGGUCGUCUAGACCGAAAAAACCGAGUUUAUUCCCUUCGUUUGCUACUCGCAAAUAUCAUUAUCCUGGCACAACUGUAAAUUCAUCGUCGAUUGACGCUACUGUCGGUGUCGGUGGACAUAAUCAAACAUCUCGACCUUUAUCUAAAUUUCGUCCAAUGCCUGCCCAUCCUUCAGAGACUGGAUGGUUUACAUUUGCUAACCGCGGUGAAAGUAAGUCAUAUCUGUGUCAUUUUCCCAUAUAUAUAUAGUUUGAAUAGCGCUUGUAGGUACAGGUUAGUGUGUUUCACAUCGUUUCUCAUAUCAUAUUUAAAUUUUUCUUCGGUCAAUCGAAACGGAUUGUGUUACUUUAUAGUUGUGGAAUUGUCGUCUAGUUAUAUUUUGAUGAUAACAAUAACAUAUCAGGGUUUCCCUUUGACCUAUAGUAAAUUCUGUUUACAAACAUUUGAGGAUGCUUGUAAUACACGAUGCAAAUAUGAAACUCGAACAGAUUGGAUGUCUGUUACAUGUUAAUAGCGAAUACAUGACUUUCAGGUUAACUUAAUUUCACAUUCAGAAGUUCAAGAAUUGAACUCGAGUAACUGUUUAUGUAGUAACACUUAAUGACCUUUGAUCAAAUAACAAAGUUAGCAAAGUAAAAACUAUGACAAUCAACCAGGUGACACCAGUUGUUAUUGUUGAGCUAUGAACCAGGAAAAUGUCAUAUAAAUGUUUUUUCUUGUAGAAAGAACUAACACAUAAUAUCAAAGCACUAGAUAACCCUAUCUCUUAAUGUUUAUAUGUAUGAAUCAUAUUCACAGUUUACUCAAUCCUAACGUUUAUGUGUUUAUCCAACUGCGUACAGUUAGUUCCAGUUGAUGUGUGUUGUCUGACUUCUACUGAUAUAAAUCAAGCAACUUGAUUUUAUAAGCUAAUAGUCAUUAAUGUUUGUCGCAUCUAUAUUUAACCUAUUAUUCCAAAAGAAUAAUAAUUACGAAACCUUUUUCCUGGGUACAAUUUGUCAAGUCUUUACUGUACAUAUGUUUAAUCAUUUGACUACUUAAUUAUUAUUCAACUGAACUAUACGCUUUAUCUUCGAUAAUCGAAUAAAAUGACUUUUAUUAUGGGACAAUAUAUGCAGUGUGUAAAUCUGCAGUGCUAUCAGUUAGUUAUAGUCGACUUAAAUCAAGGAAUAGCUUGUUUAUGUUUAAUUUUCAGCAUUCAACUAAUAAUAAUGAACUACGAAUCUUCAAAUAUUCUUCCUCCAUCCCAUCUUUAAUGAACAAUAUCACUUGUCCUCACGAAAAUACGCGAUCACCACUUAUCUCAACUCAGGAUGUUCGGUUACCUAGUUCAGAAAAAAGUUAAGAGUUGGCCAAACCAAAAUGUGAAGUCAGUUCUUUGAGUCAUUAACUAAUUUGUCCGAACGAAUGCUUAUGUUUGAAAAUUAUCUGAUUGUAGUUCGCGAGUUUAUUGUGAUCAAUGGUUGAAGACGUUGAGUGAUAAUACUCUGAAUCGUUCUCAGUAGUACAAAUAUAUUCUCUCUCUACCUUCCCUUAGAUCUUAAAUCUUAAAACUUCUUGUAUCUUCACUAAUUCAUCAUUUCCGAAUUUUCUGUAUACUUAGUCGUUAUUUCGUCAUCGCUGACCUCACUACUACUUUGAUAUUCAUCUCGCUGUACUUAUUCAAUACGAUGACUUGAAUCGAUGCACAAAUUCGCUAAGUUUUACGUUGCUUAUAACUGACUUAUAAAUGACGUUUAUGUGUAAUAAAGUCAGUAAGUUUCUAAAAAAAAUGUUUAGUCAUAGUGCAUAUUGACUGACUUAAUGGUUUUUUCCUUACUUUCUAUUGCAUUCAUGGUUUGAGAAAUGAUUUGGUUCCCUAAUCAAUGCUUCCUAGGCAAUUUCGAAAGUUUUUUUUUAACCAGCUUUGCGAUAGUCUCCACGAAAAGUGAUAGUUUUACGUUGACCGGUUGUAGCUUUUGUACCACGAUUACAGAUGACAAUAUCAUAAUGGUUACCUGGCAAAUGCUUCUCAAUAUACAUAGUAUUAGGGUAAGAUCCCUGGUAAAGUCUACAUACAAGAUAUUUUGUUGUCUGGUAGGGCUAUCGGCAUACUGAGUCCACUGUCCAAGCUCUAAGCUCAAUAAACGAUCCAAAACCUUUCGGCGCCUUAAUUGGAAACCAGAAAAUUUCGGGCAUGAUGUAGGCAUUCGAAUAUACUUGCCAGUGAAUGAUAAGGAUAAGGCGAGUGUGAAGACUUCUGGUAAUGUUACCAUUCUUCCUGUUGGUAGAUUAGGUUGAACAUAAAGACCUCCGAAUAGCAAGAAAACUGAAUUUGAUGACUUUAGAACACUUUACACAAUAUUAUGUGGUGUGUAUAAUCCUGGCAUAUCACAUAGGAGCGAAUUCAGGCUAGAGUGAGCAUAAAUAAGGUAGCUUCGGCCUCUUCCUUGCAACCUAUUAUUUCUAUAUGGGAAAUAGUUAUCAAGAGAUAUAUUUAAAUCGGAAAUAUCGGUUGUUCGUACUCCAGACAUCAUUACAAGUGAUGGUUGAUAAAGGGAUACAAACAGGGCUAAAUCCGUCCUUUCACUACAGAUCGUCCAAGCUUUAAUAAAACAUACAUUAAACAAACUGCUCAUUGGGUGAGAGCAUUUAGAUCAAAAGAGUUAUCACAUCCCUCAGUAGUGUGAUGUAGGUUUAAAAUGAAGGAUUGGUGGUCCCUCAACAACACUUUUUUUUAUAACAACAGUUAUAGGGGGUAUAUAAAUUGAGCUAGUGAAUUUGCUUGCAGAGUGUAAGCAGGAGGAAAGGGUGAGAAUACUGGAUGACUGAAAUUGUGAAGAAGUAGCAAGUUUGUAUUUCAUAUACGGAUUGACAUGGCUUUAAUGUGAUGACUCGCCAGAGGUGAUACUAAGAGCUGUAUUCGAAAAUAUAUAUUGUACGAAGUACCGCUAUUUGUAUCGUAGUCCUGAUAGUAAAGCACGUAGCGUGGGCUAAAGCUAUUUGCAUUAGCGCCAGCUUGAAGAGGAUUUGCUGCACUUAAUUAGAAGUUGUUAUGACCGUUUUUAUAUUUUGCAGCUAUUCGUGUUUGGUGGGUUGGUACUGUGUCAAAAACCUCUAAAAUAGUACCGUUCACCGAGAAGUAUCAGUUAAGUAUGUUGAAAUACUCCCAGGCGCAUUUAACUCAGUCUUACCAUUGAAUAAAUUGACAAAAGUUUGAGUCACGGAAGAAUUAAAAACACAAACUAAUCUACUGCUAGCCACAGAUAGACAAUCAAGAAGUGCAACACAAAGGUUUUCUGCAGCUGAUGAAAGGCAGACAAAAACACUCAGUGCACAUAAAUAUAUGUUGUUCGGCGUUUUCCGAAUUAUAUAGAUCUCUUAAAGGCACAUGUGCUACUAAGUUAAGCUAGCCUACAAACAUGCCACAGACCUGAGGCGCUUCUAAUACGUAUUAACUUAUUUGAGGCAACCCAUCCAAGGUCGCCGUAAUAAAAAAGCAGUGAUUUUAUUUUUCAAGCUAGCUUUGAUUCUGUGCUAGCGAACAUACAUCACUUUUGCGCGACAGAACCAACAGCAAAACUGGCUGAUAAAACCCAGUUGUUUGCAAUGCUGGAGGUAAAGGUAUGCCUUUUGUUAAGUAGAACAUAAAAUAAUCAAUUAUAGAACCUCGGAUAUAUCAUGUUAAUCUGUCACUUUUUAUCCACUAUGAUCCUCAUUAUCUAACAGUUAAAAGUUCUGAUUGCCAAUCCAUUAGGUAAUCUAUAUCGACACCGUCACUUAAUUUCAGGGAGAGAUAUGUUUGUGCUUAUAAUUAAGGUCAUAAUAAUGUCCUCAAAUAUUUAUUUCAUCAUUGUGAGUUAUUGACUGAUGUAAAUGAAAGUUCCCUUGCCUACACUAUAAUUUAACAUACAACACAUUAGCUUACUCACUUAUUGGUCAAUGCUGAUUUUCAUUUUGAAAUAUACUCUUAAUCUAUAUCUCUUAUAAAUGUAGUGUUUAUAAUAAUAUUCGGUCACAUACCGCUGCGUGUUUUUCUUCUAAAUCAUGUCUUAUUAACCCUUUGAUAAUGGUAUUUAUUGUUAUUAAUUUAAUUGGAAGGCACAAUUUUUACAGUUUGUAAUUAUAACGGAUUACGAAUCCCACUGUAAGUAAUUUUCUUUAGAGAUAAUCAUGUAUGACAUAACUGUCCCCACCUCACGCAAAAUACGGACGCUGGAUUGGUGACUCCUUGAUUAAUAUCUUCGACUUUCAGCUCUUUAGGUUCGAGUCCUGAUCACUUUGAGUAUUAUUACUGGCCUUCAAACUUAGGACCUGAUUUGAAGCAAAGUAAACUAAUCUGUAAUUAGUUAACAAUAAUAUAAAGCUGUUAGUUUGUUUUCUGUUUGUCUUUUCACUUUUUUUCCUUAGCCUGACUUACAUCUCUAGGUAACGUAAUGUAGUUUCGUUUACCAUGUACAACAGGUCCAUGUACUCGGCUUUGAGUAAUACUUUUUCAUAUAUGAGGUCUGUUGAUAAAAGCCAGCUUGCCUAACUGAGUGGUAAUUUGAACCAGCGACAUACUGGUGGAGAUCGUAACCUACUAAGAGUUCUACUAAUAUCGAAUUCCAACUUACCUGGCAAAUGAUUUGUUUACAUUAGAUCUCUUAGUCAAGUAUUAAUCUAGAAAAAUUAUUACCAUAUCUUUUGGAAUGCUUAUUUGAUUACUGUAAUCUUCUAGUCAGUUGGUAUUAUGUAAUGCUCACUCUUUACAAUAUUCACGAUUCGCAUUUAAUGUUACGAAUACGCUAACAUAUUCAUUUUGUUGUGAUAAUUAACAGAAUCAUAAGUGGUGCUUGCUUUGUUAUUAUUUAAAUUUCGUAGUUGUCCACCAUGUUUCUCCGAUUGUUAUUUUCAUGCAAAUCUUGAGUAAACUGGUUUUAUGUAAAUAAUAAUUUCCUUAAUAUUUUAUCAGUCACCUAGUCAGUUGUUAUUUUCUACAGUUUUAUUCAUAUUAAACAAUCAGCUCUGUGUUCACAUUAUUUGAUUGACCAUUUAGAUUCUCUUAAAUACGUUUUUUGAAUUCACUAUUGUUCCAUCUCAAUAAAAAUUAUA